CUUCAUAGAUGCUUCAUGGCAUUUGAAUUUGACAAAAUGUUUGAUUGAAUAAUUUGUUUUUAGGACUGUUUUAGGAUGGUUUAGUAACUAAUUAUAAAAAUGAGAAAUUAUGCAAGUUGGGGGAUGUGUACUUAAUACCUAUGUAGGGAAAAAAUCUUUAUCGUUUAAUAUCUAAACACAUUGCAAUGGCGAUAUGAUGAUCGGCACUACAAAAUAUUUUGCCAAAGUGUGCUGGCCAUUUGCAACGCGAUGUGCGUCUUUCAUGGAAUCAGCUAAUUGUCAGAAUAGUUACUGUCAACCAAGUACUCCAAACAUUUUAACAUGCCAAAUUAUUUGUAAACGAAGUAUAUCAUCGAUCCAACGAGAGUUUUUUUCAAAUUUUCGAGCACUCGAAUCAAAGAGUAGCUUCAAAGAUGACGCCAAUAUACACGGUUCUAAACAACACUUCGAUUUCCUUAGCACAAUUUCAAGAACUUUUAUGUUCCGUCGUCGAGACAGUGAUUUGCCGCAGAAACGAAAGAGACGAAUUCCAAAGCUUAUAUUAGUACAAAAUCCUUUAACUUGGUUGAAGACCAAGAUAGAUUUCACUGUACUAAGAUAUGUAUGGGAUCCUACCUUUGAAGAAAAAGAAUUUAAAUUUGGAGCUAAGCAGGCAAUAGCUCGAGUGACUGAAGUUAUUAGUGGCGGUCAAUUCCAUGAGUUAAACGGUCUACUUACAAAAGCAGCUCGAGCAAGUCUACUCCGAGAAAUAGAUCGAAACUGGAGUGAUAAACAAAGAGUGUUACUGGCCCUCAAACGAGAUGACAUACAAAUAUCAUCGCCACGAAAAGUCUAUUUUAUAAAAAUAGCUGAUAAAAAGUUCUGUGACGUUGAUAUGGCUUUUCUAGCUUUGAAAUGGACGCCAAUAAACAAUAUUGAUGCCCUGCUAUUCACCGAGAUAUUUGCGCGCUUCCAUCGCGAAUACACCCCACACUGCAUACCGGAGUGGACGAUAGCCUAUUUCAAAGUCACUCGUUUUGAAGUUUUGCGACGAUAGCAAUUUUAUGAAACAAUUUUAUACGCCUGCAUGAUAAAU